CGGGUGGUGUCUGAGAGUAUAAAAGCUCCCGGUUCACAGUGUGCAGCAGAUUCACAAGGAACCCCUUCCAAAACCAGCAAGAGCUCUUCACCCACAGCCUGCAAAACAAAUCUUCAGCCAUGGCCGAGAGGAGGAUCCCCUUCACCCUCAUGCGCUCCCCGAGCUGGGACCCCUUCCGUGACUGGCACAGCCGCAUUUUUGACCAGACUUUUGGGAUGCCCAUUGUGCCUGAAGAAGGCUUUCACACUCCCCACUGGCCAGGCUACCUCAGACCCUCUUUCCUGGCUCCAGAUGUGAGCGCCAUGAUGAGUCCAAUGAUGUACCCCAGCCCAGUGAUGGCUCAGCAGGCCCGCACCCUCGCCCGCCAGAUGAGCAGUGGUAUGUCCGAGAUCAAACAGACCCAAGACAACUGGAAAGUGUCUCUGGACGUCAACCACUUCUCACCCGAGGAGCUGGUAGUCAAGACCAAAGAUGGAGUGGUGGAGAUCAGUGGCAAACAUGAAGAGAGGAAAGACGAGCAUGGAUUUGUGUCCAGAAGCUUCACCAGGAAAUACACACUUCCACCGUCCGCUAAUGUGGAAAAGGUGACCUCAUCCCUGUCCCCAGAGGGCGUACUCACAGUGGAAGCGCCUCUCGCCAGACCGGCCCUGGAGUGCUCCGAGACCACGAUUCCCGUCACAGUUGACAAAAGUGCAGUAGCAAAGAAGUAAACCAAACUUCACAUCGCCAGCACAUUCACAUACUAUGCACUUUACUCCACACGAAGAGACUUUUUCCUGUAAAAGAACACGGUGGUUUAUCAUACAGAACUGGGAGUGCCCUAGUAGUUUAUUUACAAUAGAAAUACUCACAUAGUGCCUCACCUGAAUCAUUUGUAUGUAAACCAGGAUCUUAUGUGACCAGAGACACGAUUAAAACAUUUUUAAAGUAAA